AGUACUAUUAACACUUCAAAAUAAAAUCCUCUUUUCUCUCUCUCUAAAAUACGCUCUUUCUCUCUCUAUAUAUCGCUCUGCACAGAUUUGCCCAAACCCCCCUUCCCUUCUCUCUCAUAACAACAAGACCUCACCAUAUAUCUAACUUACGCACAAACACAAACCACCUCAUUCUUCAAUUACCCGCCAAAAAGGUUUCUCAGCAGAAGUCUCGUCUUUCGAGGCCUUCUUCGUGUAUGGAGUGAGAGAUGGAUUCGAAUCAUUCUGCGGAGGAUUCUGGAUCUCUUGAUCCGCUGGAGGCGACGAGAUCGGAUGAUUUGGAGGCGGCGGUUGGGGAAAAGAGGACGGCGGAGAACGGUGAAUUGGGGGUUCCGGCGGCGAAGAAGGCGAGGAAUGUGAAGAAAGUGGCGGAGAUAGUGUUGGUGUUGGCGGCGAUGGGGAAGAUGAGGGGAGGGAGGAGUCCUACGGCGGCGGAGAAGGAGAUGAUGGUGGAGGCGAGGGAGAAGUUGGUGGAAGUGUGUGAGGAGUUUGCUCCCAAGGAUGUUUUCCCAAGGGAUGCGUUUGGGGCGGUUAUUGAGGAUCUCGGUCUUAAUAAGUUGAAGGAACAGAGGUUAGGGUUUCGGCCUCCGAAGGUUUCGAUUGCUGAGAAGUUGUUGUUCACCAAGCAAAAGAUGGAAAAAUCUGAAGAAUUUUCUGUACGUACCGCUACACAUUCAUCUCAGCGGGUGCAAACGAACUUGGGUACAGCAGCUGAAAGCCGUGGGGCAUUGCAUACUACUAAAAUGUUUCCAUCAGAUAAGCCAAGUCCUGCACCGAAUUCUUCUGGAGGUUUCCAACCUGCUUCACCUUUAGUUCAUGUUAAAGCUGCAAAUUCUACAUCUUUACCGUAUCAGUUGCCCGCGAGUGAAGUAAGAACAUCUGUGGUUUCCAGUGGAUUACCUACUAGUCUUCUAGGAAGGGAUUCUUCAUCUUCAGUGUUGCCUAGAGUUGACAGACCACAUGUCAGGUUGGAUCCAAGAUCAAAUGGUUCAUCUUAUAUGUCACAAAUUCAAGUAAAUUCUUCUGGAGAUCACACACCGGUAAAAACUCCAGCUUGGUCUCAACAAUCCCUAACUGUGUCAUCGGGUAAAACUGGACCAGAUAAUAAGGUGCUGCCGCAUCCUUCAGUUAAGGUGGACAGAACUGCGGAUUUAACUGCAUCAAGAGUAGCUCCUCAGGCAGCAACAUCUAAACCGUUGAUCACUCAGACCACAUCUGGACAUAUGCCGACUAUGCAUCACCAUGUGCAAGGCAUACACUUUGUUCAAGCUCCUUUGCUUAGCAAUGGCCACAGUGAAAUUAGUAAAAUUGUUCAGAAGUUGUUACAACCAAAGCUUCCAGGGCAACCCACAUGGACUCCUCCUUCAAGAGAUUACAUGAGUAAGGCUCUGACUUGUCAAGUGUGCAAGCUUACCGUUAAUGAGGUGGAAAAUGUUCUCAUUUGUGAUGCUUGUGAGAAGGGGUAUCACCUAAAAUGUCUCCAGUCUCACAAUCAAAAAGGAGUUCCUAGAGGUGAGUGGCACUGCUUUAAGUGUUUGUCAUUAAGCAAUGGGAAAACUUUGCCCCCUAAAUACGGUCGUGUCACGAGAAAUAUAAAUGCACCAAAAGUGCUGUCCAUUGCUGCAACGGUUCAGUCGUCUCUAGAGAAGAAAGUGGCAACAUUAGGUGAGAAGGGAAAUCAGCAAAAAAUAACAGCAAAUGGAAGCUCUGGGUUACAAAGUGCUCCUGCUGGUAGCAUGGGCAAUAGUCUUAAUCAGCUAAAUGCAAUAGAACUGCAAGGGAAUGAUAUUUUAUCAAGUAGAGAAAAAAUGGAUGACAAGCGUCAUUUCGAAACUUGUCCAAAUGACAAAAUUAGAACCCCAGGGCCCGCUUGUGUUUCUUCUGCUGCUGGCUCAUCAGUUGAAAGACCAAUUGAAGAGAAAUUGGCUCUGGAGUUAAAAGGACAGUCUGCUUCAAAACCAUCUGAGAUAGGUUCGAAGAUGUUGGAUCACUUGCAUGCCUCUAGUGACCCCCAAGAUAAUGACCAAAAAGGGCUUCUAAACAGUGCCGAAAUUCCUUUAAUGCAAUGCCAUGACAGCAAUGAUACUGUCAAAUAUUCAGGGAAAUCUCAUAGUAGCAAAAAUUUUGAUGGCAAUCCAAAUGACGAGAUUAAGCAAAAGGAGCAAGGAGUUGUACGAUCUGAACCUGUCGAAAUUUCUGGAACCAUCACUCUGGCUAGUGAGCAUGCUAGGCCUUCAUCAGAUGGUUCACAUGAUGUUGAUUGGAUUGGUGAUAUACUUCAAGUUGUGGAUGAAAAGACAUAUUAUCAAUCAUGUUGCAUCAACGGAGUUGUGUACGAAGUGCAGGAUCAUGCACUUUUUCAUUCUAAAAAUGACAAACUGAUGCCUUCUAAGCUUCAGGCCAUGUGGGAGGAUAACAAAACUAGAUCAAAGUGGGUUAUCGUCAAUCGAUGCUACUUCCCUGAUGACUUGCCAGAGGCAGUUGGCCGACCGUGUUACCCUGAAAGCAAUGAGGUUUACGAGUCUAAUCAUGGUAGCACCAUAAUGGCUGGCUUGAUUCGAGGUCCAUGUGAAGUUCUUCCGCCAGGGAAGUUUAUUGAAGAAAAUGAGAGGAGAUCACGUUUGGGGACUGGGGCAAAUGAUCAACCACUUUUCCUGUGCAAAUGGUUUUAUGAUGAAUCAAAAGGUGUAUUCAGAGAUGUUUCGAGUUAGUUGCAGUCAGAAAUAUAUUUUUAGGUGUCAUUGUCAUAUCUGUGCUUUCAUUGCUGGAAGACGAUGGAUCCCCUUUGAUCAGGUAGCCUAUUUUGGGAGGCCCCGUCAGACAAUUAGUGGAGCUUCCAAUACUCAUCGUCAGUUCCUUUGUACAAUAUGUAGCUGUAGCUGUAGCCCUAGUCUGUAUCAUCUUCCUAAUCGUAAUUCAAAUUUUUAAUCCCGGUACAAAAUUGUCGCCCUUCCAUCUAUUUUUUUGGUUGCUGAAAGCUUAUGUUACACUGUCAGCAAGUGGAACAUGAACGACAUGUUUUCCGCUUUGCUCACUUGACAUUGAAAUAUUUAUUCAAUACAAGAUGCAAUUUCUUUUUUGGAUG